AUGGCCGACGCAACCCCAACUCCCGCCGCCGCGGCAAGCUCGCCGGCCCCGCCCGUCGAGUCUCCGGCAUCACCGAGACACGCGUCGUCCCCGUCAAGAGCCGCCGACACGGCGCCUGGGACCGCUACGAGCCCGGCUCCUCCGCUCGAACCCGCUUCCCCGCCUCCGCAGGCCGCUUCGCUUGGGGUCGCGUCCCCCCAGGAGUCAAUUGCGGUUGAUGAGGGCUUCACGGUAGACUCCAAGAUUCAAGAUGUCAUUGAUAGCGCAUCCACCAUUGACGACAGAAUUUCCACGUACACGGCAUCUUUGACAUCCUCCGUUGUCGAUUAUCCCACCGAAUAUGGCCGACGCUAUCACGCCUUUCGAUCCGGCGCAUACAACUUUCCCAACGACGCGGUUUGUGAAUUUGCCGUCCGGCUGACUCUGGAGAGACACAAGCUUACAUAA